AUGUUCGCCCGCCAAUGCACCCGUCUGGUCAAAUCUCAGACAUCCAUCCCUUUGACAUCAUACCUCACCCGAGUCCGGGGUUACUCCUCAGCCAGCUAUGAGCACAUCCUAACCUCAACCCCCAAGCCAGGCGUGGGCCUAAUCACCCUCAACCGCCCCAAAGCCCUGAACGCCCUGUGCACCCCCCUCAUGACCGAGCUCAACUCAGCCCUAAGCAGCUACGACAACGACGCCUCUAUCGGCGCAAUCAUCAUAACAGGGUCCGAAAAGGCCUUUGCAGCAGGCGCAGAUAUCAAAGAAAUGGCCCCCCUCACCUUCUCAUCUGCCUACACCUCGAACUUCAUAGCACCCUGGUCCCACCUCACUACCAUCCGGAAGCCUGUCAUCGCUGCGGUCUCGGGCUAUGCACUAGGUGGAGGCUGUGAAUUGGCUCUCAUGUGCGAUAUCCUGUAUUGUAAUGAGAAGGCUGUGUUCGGACAGCCGGAGAUCAAGUUGGGGACUAUUCCUGGUGCGGGUGGGUCGCAGCGGUUGACGAGGGCUGUGGGCAAGAGUAAGGCUAUGGAGUUGAUUCUGACGGGCAAGAAUUUUAGUGGGAAGGAGGCGAAGGAGUGGGGUGUUGCGGCGGAGGUUGUGGAGGGAGGAUUGGAGGAGUUGCUUGCUAAGGCGAUGGAGACGGCUGAGACUAUUGCUGGUUAUAGUCGGGUUGCGGUUGUGGCUGGGAAGGAGGUUGUUGGGAAGAGUCAGGAGUUGUCGUUGAGGGAGGGGGUGGAGUUUGAGAGGAGGGUGUUUCACUCGCUGUUUGGCAGUCGGGAUCAGAAGAUUGGUAUGACUGCUUUUGCGGAGAAGAAGAAGCCGGAGUGGUCUCAUGAGUAG